AUGUUCAGGAACGCUUUGCGGCAGUCUAGCCGCACCGUUGCGGCUGCCACUGCCACUGGCAGGAUCGCCUCGGUUCGCGCGGCUGUUCCCGGCCCCCUCUCUGCUGCUUCCAAGCAGGUUCGUACCUACGCUGCUGAGGCCAAGGCUUCGCCCACCGAGGUCUCUUCCAUCCUCGAGCAGAGAAUCCGUGGUGUGCAGGAGGAAUCUGGUCUUGCCGAGACUGGACGUGUCCUUUCCGUUGGUGACGGUAUCGCUCGUGUCCAUGGUAUGACCAAUGUCCAGGCUGAGGAGCUGGUUGAGUUCGCCUCUGGCGUCAAGGGAAUGUGCAUGAACCUCGAAGCCGGCCAGGUCGGUGUUGUGCUUUUCGGUUCCGACCGUCUCGUCAAGGAGGGUGAGGUUGUCAAGCGUACCGGAGAGAUUGUCGAUGUCCCCGUCGGCCCUGAGCUUCUCGGCCGUGUCGUCGAUGCUCUCGGCAACCCCAUUGAUGGCAAGGGCCCCAUCAACGCUUCCUCCAAGAGCCGUGCCCAGCUCAAGGCUCCUGGUAUCCUUCCCCGUCGUUCCGUCAACCAGCCCGUCCAGACUGGUCUGAAGUGUGUCGACUCCAUGGUGCCCAUUGGCCGUGGUCAGCGUGAGUUGAUCAUUGGUGACCGUCAGACCGGUAAGACCGCUGUUGCCCUCGACGCCAUCCUCAACCAGAAGCGUUGGAACAAAUCUACCGACGAGAGCAAGAAGCUGUACUGUAUCUACGUCGCCGUUGGUCAGAAGCGUUCUACCGUCGCUCAGCUCGUCAAGACCCUCGAGGAGAAUGAUGCUAUGCAAUAUAGUAUUGUUGUAGCUGCUACCGCCUCCGAGGCGGCACCUUUGCAAUAUCUUGCUCCCUUCACCGGCACCGCAAUUGGGGAAUGGUUCAGAGAUAAUGGAAAGCAUGCUCUCAUGAUCUAUGAUGAUCUUUCCAAGCAGGCCGUCGCCUAUCGCCAGAUGUCUCUGCUGCUCCGCCGCCCCCCCGGUCGUGAGGCCUACCCCGGUGACGUCUUCUACCUCCACUCUCGUCUCCUCGAGCGUUCUGCCAAGAUGAACGAGAAGCACGGUGGUGGUUCCCUCACUGCUCUCCCCAUCAUUGAGACCCAGGGUGGUGAUGUGUCCGCUUAUAUUCCCACCAACGUUAUUUCCAUUACCGACGGCCAGAUCUUCCUGGAAGCCGAACUCUUCUACAAGGGUAUCCGCCCCGCCAUUAACGUCGGUCUUUCCGUCUCUCGUGUCGGUUCCGCUGCCCAGGUCAAGGCCAUGAAGCAGGUCGCUGGUUCCCUGAAGCUGUUCUUGGCCCAGUACCGUGAGGUUGCUGCCUUUGCCCAGUUCGGUUCCGAUCUCGAUGCCUCCACCAAGCAGACCCUCAACCGUGGUCAGCGUCUUACCGAGCUUCUCAAGCAGAAGCAGUACUCCCCCAUGGCUGUCUCCGACAUGGUUCCCCUCAUCUUCGCUGGUGUCAACGGUUACCUCGACUCCAUCCCCACCGACAAGAUCCUUACAUGGGAGUCUGACUUCCUCGCUCACCUCAAGAGCAACCACCCCGAGGUCCAGGAGACCAUUGAGAAGGAUGGCCAGGUCAGCAAGGAGCUUGAGGCCAAGCUGAAGGAUAUCAUCCCCGCCUUCAACAAGUCCUUCAACGCAUAG